GGCAAGUGAGGUUUGGGGUGGAGGUUGACAGAUUGCGACCCCCCCACCCCCAUGUAAUGACCUCGUGACCCGAUCCCCAGGUUGAGAACCCCUGGUAUACAUGAACUCGGAGGUUCUUCCCCCACAUGAACAGUUACAACAGAACAUCACCUUGUGGAAGCUAGUGUACUCUUUGCCUUUAGCCCCAGCCCAUGUGCUCAGAGCUUGGGGAGUCUCAAGGACUGCAUCCUGCACAUGCUGCCAUGCCUCUGGCCCCAAAGCUCUAGACUACCUUUAAAUCAACAGACAGGAGUCACAAGAGACUUGACCACCAGAGCCUUAGCUGAGACAAGCAAACUCAUAUCAUGUAACAUCAGUUUGGCUUUAAAUCCUAGACUCAGGAGGUGAGAACCAAGUGUCUUGCCGAGGCUCUCCAUUUUCCCUUUCAGAUCAAAUCCCUCUUGGUGCCUCCAAAGUAGCUGACGGGGCAGGUGAGCGAUGAUAUGUUCAGCAGGAUUCCACAGGUCUCACUUAGCUGUAAUUGUUCAUUUUUUUUUUUUUUCCAUAUUUGACUGUGCUUUUGUAUUGCAUGAAAAAGGUUUCCGUGAUGCGGCCCUUGGGCCAAUAUACUAGUCCUCAUGUGGCCCUCGUGGUAAUUUGAGUUUGGGACCCCUGGUUUAUGUGUAGACCAGGUGUCAGACAGCAGGGUAAGACCUAAUGUGGGGACAGGUUAUCCCACAUCUGCCUACUGUGGGGUUCUUAUACCCUUCAUCUGAAGUAGCUGGUGUUGGCCACUGUCAGAGACUGGACAGUAGACCGAAUGGACCUUGGUGCUGAUCCAGUCAGCUGCCAAAGAGGACGUGACUUGGUGAUGGAGGCUUUGCUGGAGAGAAUGCAAAGACAAGGGCACGGAGGCAGAGGGUUCUUAACGUCCUGCGAGGCAGAGCUGCAGGAGCUGAUGAAGCAGAUCGAUAUCAUGGUGGCUCAUAAGAAGUCUGAAUGGGAAGGGCAGACCCAGGCUCUGGAGACCUGCUUGGAGAUCCGAGAUCAAGAGCUUUCCUCUGUCAGGACUCUGUUGGAUGAGAAACACAAGGAGGUCGGUAGGUUGCGCCAGCAGUUAGAACACACUGAGCAAGUCCAACAAGGCAUGGUUGUGGAGUAUGAACAGCAGCUGAAGAAGUUUCAAGAAGAGCUAGGCAGGCUGAAGAGAAGCUAUGAGAAGCUGCAGAAGAAACAACUGAAAGAAGCUAGGGAGGGUCCCAAGAGCCACGGGGACGACCGGUCCGAAGUGAGCAGAUUGACUAAGAAGAUAGAGGAAUUCCGUCAGAAAUCUCUAGACUGGGAGAAGCAGCGGUUGCUUUACCAGCAACAGGUGGCGUCACUGGAGGCCCAGAGGAAGGCUUUGACAGAGCAAUCUGAGCUCAUUCAGCAGACUCAGCUCACCAAUCGGAAGCAGGUGCUGGAAUCUGUGCAACUGGCCAGCCAAUCGGAAAUCCAGCAUUUAACCAGCAAGCUGGAGCGAGCCAAUGAUACCAUCUGUGCCAAUGAGCUGGAGGUGGAGAGGCUUAACAUGAGAGUGGAUGACUUGACUGGAGCCAAUCAGAAGAUUCUGGAGGAUCACCAAAGAGUCCAAGAGGAGCUGGGGCAUUCUAAGAAAAUGCUGGAGGUAUUACAAGAGGAGAAGUUGGAGCUGAGAGUCACUCUGCAGUCCCAGGAGGAUUUCAUUAAGAGCUCAAAGAUGCAUCAGGAGCAGUUACAUAAGGAGCUGGCCAGCGUAACUGAAACCCUGCACAGCAAGGAGCUCCUUACCAGGUCACUGGAAGAACACCUGCGUGAGAAACGGCUGUCACAGGAGUUCCCAGAGCUGGAGCACGUACUGCUGCAAUUGGAUCUUGCGCAGAAGAAUGAAAAGAACCUACAGUCAGAGGUGGCUCGUCUUGAGGGCAGCCUGGGAGCCAUAAAUGCCAGGUGUAUACAGCUGAGCAAGGAGCUGACAGAGAAGUGCAAAGAGCUGCGGGUGACAGAAGAACAACACUGCCUGGCCAAGGCUGAGAUUAAAAAGCUGAAGGAGCAGCUGUCUCAGGCUGAACAAACUCAUAGCAGUGAGCUAGAAGGGAUGAAAAAGGAGAUCUCCCAGUUGACGCAGGUGCUGCACCAGCGUGACAUUGCUAUCGCCUCGUCCAGCGGGUCCACUUCUGACAUGGAGCAACGAAUGAGAAUGGAGAUUGAAAAAGCAGAGAGGAAAGCUGUGGAGCACAGGGUGAUUCUGGUUCAUUUGGAAACCCUGAGGCUGGAGAACCGUCACCUCUCUGAGAUGUUGCAGAAGGUGGAGUCUAGUGUGUUGGGGGCAAAAGAUGUCCAUGUAACAGACAUCCAAGAAAGCUACACCACAGCACUAGAUAAAUUAGAGUCUGAGAACCAGCAACUGCAGAAGGACUUGGCAGAGACCAGAGCUAAGUUAGAGCUCUCCACUCAGGUCUGCCGGGACAAGUAUGAGAGCAUCGUGCAGCAAAUGCAAAGCAAAGUGACUGAGAUCAAGGAUACAGAAUGCAGAAGAACCCAGGAGCUGCAGCACAAACAUGAGGAAGAAAAAAGGAAACUGCAGGCCAGGCUUGAAAAGACCAUUCAGCACUACAAAGGGGAGAUCCAGAAUCUGAAAGCCCACCAUGUGUUGCCUGGGAUGGGCGCUGUGUCAGAUGCAUCAGGCGGAUCGAACCCCCAUGUCAGUAGGAGCAGCUCUAAGGAAUCCCUGUCCUCUGACUCGCUGCCAGGAACAGACCCUUUGUCCCCUGUGCUGGAUGGAAAACAAGAUUUCACUGACGAUGCAUCCAGGAAGUCAGUCUCCAGUCAACGGAGAGAACUUGUGCCCUUGUGCCCCCUGCCUACAGCUCCGAUUGGCUCAAUAGCAGCAAGGUUUUUGGAGGAGGAAGAAGUGAGAUCUCAGCGCAUCCUGGAACGCUUAGAUGCUCACAUUGAGGAACUGAAAAGGGAGAGCGAAAGGACAGUGAAACAGUUCACACACCAGAAGUAACAGCUCUUCAAGGUCUGUGGAUUUGAAGACUGGUUUAAUUAAACCACAUCAAAGUGAGGGGGAAGGUACCCAUGAACCUAAUAUAACUCAGAGCUUGCAGGAAAGACGUCUCCUCAUUCCCCAAGCUGAAUUAGCAGUGUGGAAACCAAGGAAAUCGUGCUCGUUUCUGGAGCAAAACACUUUGCCUGGCGGGAGUGAUUGUGCUGGUGAAAGUACAUCUCCAUCUGAAACACUGGCUCAGGAGGCUAGAGGUCUCUGUUCCAGGAGAGACUGUGUGUGUGUGUGUGUGUUCACUGUCAUGGAGAUUGUGAUGUCUUCCCAGAGCAAAUUCCAGUGUAAACUAUUUAUUUAAAAUUAUUUUUAUAUCUAUAAAAAAUAUAAAUAAAAGCAAAACAGGAAAAA